UCUGAAAAUGUCGGGAGCUACGGACCGAGAGGCUGUCUUCCCUACGAGGCAAACGCUGGGGUUGAUGAAGGCCAAACUCAAGGGAGCCGAGACAGGUCACAGUCUCUUAAAGCGCAAGAGCGAGGCAUUAACGAAGUAUGUAUUCCUUACCUUGUGGUCUUCAACUUAGCUAACAGCAGACUCCAGACGUUUCAGAGGUAGCAUCUAACGAGUCGCAUCUCGAUACUCCGCUGAUACUCCUUGCUAGAGAUAACCCGUCGAAUUGACGAAGCCAAGCGCAAAAUGGGACGAGUUAUGCAGAUAGCGGCAUUUUCACUUGCAGAAGUAACUUAUGCUGUUGGCGGCGAUAUUGGUUACCAGGUUCAGGAGUCUGCUAAAUCUGCACGCUUUCGUAUCCGAACAAAGCAAGAGAAUGUUUCUGGCGUUUUCCUGCCUGCUUUUGAAAGCUAUACAACGGAAGGAAACAACGAUUUCGGAUUGACGGGUUUAGGAAAGGGGGGCCAGCAGGUCCAAAGGUGCAGGGAAACGUACGCCCGAGCUGUUGAGACGCUGGUUGAACUUGCCAGUUUACAGACAGCUUUUGUGAUAUUGGAUGAGGUUAUCAAAGUUGUAAAUCGCAGAGUGAAUGCCAUUGAACAUGUCAUCAUUCCGCGUACUGAAAAUACGAUUAAAUAUAUUAAUUCCGAGCUCGAUGAGCUGGAUAGAGAAGAAUUUUAUCGGCUUAAGAAGGUUGCGAACAAGAAGCAAAGAGACGUCGCCGUAGCCGAUGCUGAGAUGGCAGCAAGAAGGGAAAAAGACAACGCUGCUAACGACGGCGGCGACGACGGACUCUCGGGCAAUGCGGAUAUUCUUGGGGAGCAAGAAGAUGCGGACGUCAUCUUCUGA